AUGGACGACGACCUCUUUGACGUCUUCGACGACACGACUGCCGGCGCAGCAGUCCCCGAACGACCCAAGAAGGCAAAAAAGGACAAGAAGGAUAGAUCAAAGAAGAGAACUGCGACUGGGGGGGUGAAGAAGACUACGAAUGAUAAGGAUGUGGACACAGAGAUUGGAGAAGCCGACCCGGUAGCAGAAGACGAGGAAGAGACCCGUUCGCUGGUAGAGAAGAAGGACAACAAGAGACGUCGGAGAGAAGAAGAAUCAGAGCCUGUUGUUACUGAUGCUUUUCAAACUGAGCAAUCAAGGGAAGUUGCUGCUUCAGCUGGUCUACAGGCCAGCGACGACGGAGCUCUGGUCAUCCAGCACAAUAUUCAGCAUCAGGUUUCCCUUCCUCCAGAUUACGAUUACGUUCCGAUAUCACAGCACAAGGCGCCCGAACACCCCGCCCGGACAUGGCCCUUCGAAUUAGACCCUUUCCAGAAGGUUGCUAUUGCUUCGAUAGAGCGUGGGGAGAGUGUGCUUGUAUCGGCGCAUACUAGUGCGGGAAAGACCGUGGUUGCAGAGUAUGCGAUUGCGCAGAGUCUGAAGAACAACCAAAGAGUCAUCUACACGAGCCCGAUCAAGGCAUUGAGCAAUCAAAAAUACCGAGACUUUGCGGCAGACUUUGGAGAUGUCGGACUUAUGACUGGGGAUGUCACUAUCAAUCCUACAGCAACUUGCUUGGUUAUGACGACAGAAAUUCUAAGAUCUAUGCUGUACCGAGGCUCCGAAAUCAUGCGGGAGGUUCAAUGGGUUAUCUUUGACGAAAUUCAUUACAUGAGAGACAAGGCCCGUGGUGUGGUAUGGGAAGAGACAAUCAUUCUGCUGCCAGACAAGGUCAGAUAUGUCUUCCUAUCGGCUACCAUUCCAAACUCCAUGCAGUUUGCAGAAUGGAUCACCAAGACCCAUCAACAACCUUGCCACAUUGUCUAUACAGAUUUCCGACCUACGCCACUACAACAUUACUUUUUCCCUGCUGGUGCUGAUGGUAUUCAUUUGAUUGUUGACGAGAAGGGCAACUUCCGGGAGGACAACUUCCAAAAGGCCAUGGCAACCAUCGAGGAUCAGAAGGGAGCAGAUCCAGCAGAUAUCAAUGCCAAGCAAAAAGGCAAGGGCAAGAACAAGAAGACGAAUAAGGGUGGUGUCAAUGACGACAAAAACGACAUCUAUAAGAUUGUGCGCAUGAUCAUGGUGAAGCAUUACAAUCCUGUAAUUGUCUUCAGUUUCAGCAAACGUGAGUGUGAGGCAUAUGCGCUGAAGAUGAGCUCACUGGCCUUCAACGAUGAAGCAGAGAAGUUAGUGGUCACGAAGGUCUUCAAUAGUGCUAUCGAGUCUUUAUCGGAGGAGGAUAAGAGUCUGCCUCAGAUUCAACACAUUCUGCCUCUCCUUCGUCGUGGCAUCGGUGUUCAUCACUCUGGACUGCUUCCGAUUCUGAAGGAGACCAUCGAAAUCCUGUUCCAGGAAAAUUUGAUCAAGGUGCUCUUCGCAACGGAGACAUUUUCUAUUGGACUGAAUAUGCCUGCAAAAACGGUUGUCUUCACUAGCGUCGAGAAAUUUGACGGUACCAGCAUGCGAUACUUGACACCUUCUGAAUUCGUACAGAUGUCCGGACGAGCAGGACGAAGAGGUCUUGAUGCUAGAGGUAUUGUCAUCAUGAUGAUCAACGACAAGAUGGAGCCAGCAACAGCCAAACAGAUUGUCAGAGGGGAACAAGAUAAGCUGAAUUCUGCUUUCUACCUCGGCUACAACAUGAUUCUUAACUUGAUCAGAGUGGAGGGCAUAUCUCCGGAGUUCAUGCUAGAGCACUGUUUCUAUCAAUUUCAAAACAGUUCCAGCGUGGCAGGGCUGGAGAGGGAGCUAGUAGCAAUCCAACAGGAGCGAGACAAUCUUGAAAUUGCGGAUGAAUCUACUAUCAAGGAAUACUACGACCUCCGACAACAGCUCGAUUCGUAUUCCAAAGACAUGCGCGAUGUCAUCAAUCACCCUAAUUACUGUUUGCAAUUCAUGCAGGCUGGACGCAUUGUACACAUCAAAUUCCAAGACCAUGACUUUGGUUGGGGUGCAGUUGUCAGUUUCAAUCCCAUCAGAGCUGUCAAAGGACAAGACCAGGCCGAGGUCAAACCGCAAGAAUCGCACAUGCUCAACGUUUUACUCCUGGUCUCCAGUGACUCGUCAACAGGAGGUACACAGAGCCUAUCUGCGCUCCCACCCGGAAUCCAGCCCCCCACGAACGGCGACCCUGGAAAGAUGGAAGUUGUCCCGGUUCUGCUCUCAUGUAUCGAGGCAAUUGGUCAUGUCCGCCUCUUCUUGCCAAAGGAUCUUAAAUCUUCUGGUGAUCGGAAUUCGGUGCGCAAGGCCUUGGAUGAAGUCAAGCGCCGAUUUCCAGAUGGGAUUGCGGUCCUCGAUCCCAUUGAGAACAUGGGCAUUACGGAUGACUCUUUCAAGAAAUUGUUGCGCAAGAUCGAGGUCCUUGAGUCCAAGCUGCUCUCGAACCCUCUCCACAACUCUCCUCGUCUCCCCGAGGUUUACAACCAGUAUAUUGCCAAAUUAGCUUACGGGACAAAGAUCAAAGACAUGAAGAAAAAUAUCACCUCUGCCCUGAGCAUUAUGCAAUUAGACGAGUUGAAGUCGCGAAAGCGUGUACUUCGUCGUCUUGGUUUCAUCAACGAUCAGGAAGUUGUUGAACUCAAGGCUCGUGUGGCUUGUGAGAUAUCUUCAACGGGUGACGGCCACGAGCUUUUGCUCUCUGAGCUGUUGUUCAAUCGCUUCUUCAACGAGUUAAGUCCCGAGGUUUGCGCCGCAGUACUCUCCUGCUUCAUCUUUGAAGAGAAGAGUCGAGCUGAGCCACUUAGGGAGGACUUGGCGAAACAUUAUAGAGAAAUCCAGAGCCAGGCCAAGGUCAUCGCUAAGGUGAGCCAGGAGAGCAAGCUAAAAGUCAACGAAAAGGAGUACAUUGAGAGCUUCAAAUGGGAACUCAUGGAGGUUGUUCUUUGCUGGGCAGAGGGGAAGUCUUUUGCGCAGAUCUGCAAAAUGACAGAGGUCUACGAAGGCUCUUUGAUCCGCUUGUUCCGCCGUCUCGAAGAGUUGCUCAGGCAGAUGGCACAAGCCGCCAAGGUAAUGGGUUCCGAUGAGUUGUCUGCGAAGUUCGAGGAAGCUCUCACCAAGAUCCGGAGAGAUAUUGUCGCUGCUCAGAGUUUGUACUUGUAA